AUGGCACAAACUUCUGCAGAUAUGGAUGAUCGACCUGUGGCUGUCCGAAGGAAGCGAAGGUCAAGCACUGCCCUCACCGACGCUCCCCAAGAACUCAAACUUGAGCCUGAUGAGGACUGUAUCCUAAUCUCACCUGAAGAGGCCAAAACACCCUCCAGACGCCAGAAGCGAGUCCGCUUCUCUCAUCCAGGAGCAGAUGCUGCGGGUCCCUCAUCAUCCACGGGCCUGACCCCUUCAAUGAACCGCACCUCCUUUGCUGCCUUCCGGCCUCAACCAAAAUCCAGGUCUCGUGUACCUCCGCGUCUAUCACUCCCCAACCCAGGGGAGAUGUCUCUUGUUUCCCCAUCCCUAGCUUCUGCACCAUCAACCGGUGAGGUACUGAUCAUGCCUUGGUGUGAUAAGAUGGACGAGAGAGCAAAACGUCGUUUGAGGAGGAACCACUUGAGUGAGGUACAGAAUGAAUACGACGCCGGCCAGAAGCCUUCGCCGAAGACCAAGGCGGAGUAUGAAAAAGAAUUACAGCAUGUCAAAGCCCAGAUCUCCUUCUUAAACAAAAAUCAGAUGCACGGCGAGGCAGACGGCGAGAGAACUGCCUCAAAGGAACUCAAGCGAGCACGCGAGCUCGAAGAGGAAGUCGUCCGCCUGAAGCAAGAGAUCCAAGACCGUGGUCUCACCGAAGCCCAUCAGCUUGCCGACGUCCCAGCGUAUCAGCCUCUAACGCCAAGCCCGACGAUCGUCCUCGACGACAUUACCGAUGAUUUUGAGGACACGACCGAUGGCAGGCAGGAACCCCUGAUCGAUCAGGCAUCACCGACUACCCCACGUUAUGCCGAGGCCUCCACACAAGCCUCUAUACGUGAUCCACAACAAGAUGACAUGCUUCGCACUGCUCGACUAGAGUUUGAGCAUACAUGCCCGGGAGAAAAUGCUCUUGGCUUGAUACCGGAAACUUCAAAGCAACUCAUCGAUGCCAUGCUCAAACAAGCUGGGGUAUCGGAGACACGCCGUAUAGUCGCUGAAGCAGAGCUGGGCAGGGAAACUACCACCAGGUCAAAUGUGCAGAAGAACCUCAAUUUGGCCCUCGAACAGCAAGAACGGACUCGGAGACAUAAUCGAAAGGUCUGUGACGAACGAGAUGCUCUGAAGGCCAGGGUCAAUGCCGCUCAUGAACGGGUUGCCGAACUUGAAGUAAAUGUCGAGGCUUCGUGGACCCGCGAACAAAUGUUGGAAAAAUCUGAUUCCGAAAAGGAGAGAUCAAUCCAAAAGCUCGGCAAUGCCAUGAAUAAAGAGCGCACAGAGGCUCGCAAACUCGAAAAUCUCAUCGAACAAAUGGAUGAAGAUCAUAAGGCUGAAGUGUCUAAGUUGCAUUCCGACUGGGAUGAAGCAGUGGCAGACCUCGAGGAUAAGGUUGCUGCAGAGAGUGAGAGUCGUGACGAAGCCGAAGCAAAGGUCGAGAGGAGGAACAUAAAGAUUCGCGAGCUGCAAGCGCGUUUGAAGGAACUAAUUAAGGCGGUCAAUGAGCAGCAGUUGAAGAUUCGUAACCUCGAGGAUGCUCUUGAAACCGAACGUAUCGGUCGUGAGCGUGCAGAGACGAUCAGUGAGGAAGAACGCAUCGGUCGUGAGGAAGAACGCAUCGGUCGUGAGGAAGAACGCAUCGGUCGUGAGGAAGAACGCAUCGGUCGUGAGCAUGCAGAACACAAUGUCCUGAAAUCAGAACACAACGCCCGUAACUCAGACAAGCGUUACGAACAAGCCGAUCUAAUGCUACAGGAAGAGCGCGACGCAGGCAGGCGAGCAGUACAGGAAGAGUGCGAUGCAUCCAAGCGAGCAAGCGCCGCCGACCGAGCGGAGAUCUCACACCUACUCAAGAAACUUGAGGCUCUUCAGGACGCUCGGAUCAGCGACUCUGAGAAACGCAAUGCGAACGUUCUCGAACGCCAAGGACUGUUGACUCCAAUAGUGGGUUCCCGUUUCCGCGAUGUUGAUGAGAUUGAUGGCAUGGGUGAUUCUGUCGAAGUCCGACGCGGCAAGAAAGCCAAGACGAGAAAGCGACCUGACAGUGGCAUUGUCAUUCUUGAGGAGGAUGAGGACGAGGUGAUGGGUGAUUACUAA